AUGACAAACGACUCGGUUUUCAGAUCAUACAUCUCUGACGACUUCAAACAAGCCCUCCCUUGGCCAGCUCCAAAGCUUGCAAAAUCCAUCUGGGACAACUUCUCACUGAAAGGGAAGGUUGCUGUCGUCACUGGUGGUGCCCGUGGAAUUGGGUUUGCCGUUGCUGAGUGCUAUGCUCAAGCCGGUGCCGAAGUUGCGAUCAUUGAUUAUCAAAUAGAGCUGGCCACUGAGAGUGCAAAGAGACUGAGUGCAGAGAAUGGCGUGAAAUCCGCAGCCUAUUUUGUCGAUGUUAGCUCCAAUGAGGCUGUGGAGGAGUGUGUGAAUCUGAUUGAGAAGGAUUUUGGUACCAUUGACGUCUUUGUUGCAAAUGCGGGAAUCAUCUGGGUCGAUGGCGCUAUUCUGAACGAGGAGAAGAAUGCGGAUGGUCCAGACAAGUGGAGACGUUUGAUGGAUGUUGAUCUGAAUGCGGUUUACUACUGUGCGAAGGCUGUUGGUCGCAUCUUUAAGGAGAAGCAGCGUGGCUCCUUCAUCAUCACAGCAUCAAUGUCUGGUCAUAUCGUCAAUGUUCCAAACUAUCAAACAGCUUAUAACGUUGCCAAAGCAGGAUGCAUCCACAUGGGAAAGUCAUUAGCUGUUGAGUGGGCCGGCUUUGCCCGUGUCAACACUGUUUCCCCAGGCUAUAUCGAUUCUGGCCUAUCAGAUGUCUUGCCAACCGAGGUUAGAGCCAAGUGGUGGAGUUUGAUCCCAAUGGGAAGAGAAGGUUUACCGCAGGAGCUUGUUGGAGCCUACCUGUACCUGGCCUCAGAUGCAUCCACUUACACCACAGGCUCCGACAUCAGGGUUGACGGUGGCUACUGCUCUGUUUAG